AAACAACCACCUGUGAAGUCAAAGCUUGUACAACCUCAUUGAAUUUGGUCUGAAUUAUAUUAGGCUAUAUUAUAAUAUAAUACAAAUUUAUAAUAUAUUAUAUAACAUGAUACUGUAGGUUCUGUAAUGCAGAGAGAAAGGGAAUGAGUGAAUCACUGGGGUGUCAAAAGCUAUCUAUCUGUCUCCCUUUUAUCAAUAUCAGCCUCUGCUUUUAUGAUUAUUUUAGUGAUAAGUAAAAGAAGAAGAAAGAAAAGAAAAGAAGAGUACGAAACGCCUGCCCCCAGGUCCAAUGUCUAAUCCGAAGUACUAAAGGUGAAGAGUGUGCGACUGGUGAGAGCACCACAGAGCCGCGGGUUUAUCAUUUCAUCUCCAGAUCGUUGAGAAACAGCAUCCUAAACGAGAUUUAAACAUUUUUUUUCACAUGGAAUGAAUGACACACAGCCUUGGGGAUGUUUCCAUGACGACCCUUUGUUACGAUAUUAAUAAUAUAACAGAUUGUUGUUUCCUUCUGGUUUUAAAUAUCUGAAAGAGAGAGUGAGGAAGAAGGCGUCCUUUGUGGGCUCGAAGAGAAAGUCAGGGUCGUGUCCUAAACCCUCCACCCAGUAUUACAAUGAGACGAGGGAAUUCUGGGACGUCAGGCAGACACCAAGCCUGAUGACGUAACUCGAUGACAUCACUACACUAAACCCAAACCAACCCCCCCUUCCCCACACACACACACACAACGCUCUGCCUCUGCACCGCUCCGAGUGCAUUUAACGGAAAGAUGUCCGUGUCUGCCGACGUGACACGGGAUCUCCACUCCGAAACAGGAAGUGACAUCCUCGUCAGAUAAGACGAGGGAGUUCGCCUGAACUGUUCUCAGCGUCUGCGCACGUUUUUGUGAAGAAUUUUCGUUGCCUUAGAAAUCAUCUGAUCCGCAUAUCGUUUACGUUCGUACACCUCCGUGCCUCAUGAUAUCAGCACCCCCCCCCCCACCCCCAACACUAACGACACUUUUUUUUAAUGAUUCUUUUCUUAAUUUUUUUCAUUUUAAUCACAAGCACAAUCCAGCAAUGAGAUUUUAUUAUUUAUAACAUCAGACACUUAUUUAUUAGUGUUUACUACGUCAUUACUUAGCGCUUUUUUAAAAAAUUCUUUCUUUUUCGUUCUCAUACACUGAGCAGUCGAGGCCCGGAGGACAGCAUAGGCUUUUUUCUUUCUUUUUUUUUUUUUUUUUUUUUUUAAAUGAAUUUUCUCUGUGAGAUGAAAGAGAUGUCAGCAUUUUUGCUUCAGGCAAUAAGUAAGCACAAUCAGGGAUCGGUCUACGUGCUGACAUCGAGCUUUUUAAUCUAGAUACCAAAAACAAGACAAAAAAAGCUCGUCCAUUGAUUACAACUGCAAAAAAAAACAACUAUGUGCGUCUGAAACUCUAAUGAGGAACGUUUGUGCGUGACUCACGCUGGAUUUGUAAUAACGACCUAACCACAAGCACUGACUCCUUCUUUACUACAUCCGCUGCUCCAGACUCCAGUUUUCAUCUGCUGACGAACGCUUCAACAGAAGAAGAGCUUCUGAGAAAGCGUUUACGACAUUCAUACCUCCAAACUUGACGUUUUUUUUCAGUCCGUGAAGGUAAAAUAACCUCUGAAGCGUGUUUUCCACGUGACCUUCCACCCAGAUGUCGGUCCCCGAGAUUUGAAACCUGCUGAAUCUCUCGAGGAGCUCGAAAACCAAAGGCAGGGUUGUGAAACGCAAUAUUUACUAAACUUUUUGUAUUUUAACUUACACGUACAUCCAUGGCCGUAAACUGUACAUGUGAAGGCGUAUUCAGAGAAUGAAACGCUUCUUCUGAGUCCCGGGAUUCGUGAAGUCCUGGAAAGAAAAACGUGUUCGUGGAAAAAAACUAAAAAAGUUGGGAAUUUUACUCCAGAUACAACAAUUCCAAACUCUUUUGUGGAGCGCUCGUCUUCUGAAACGUCAGAUUGUCCGUAUUCGAUUUCCUCUGCUCGUGUCGGCUCGAACGAUUACGGAACCGCAUUGGCUGAAGAUGGAUCGCGCGGCAGCGUUCCGUGCGUGAGCGAUUAAUAUUCACCGGCUGCCGGAAUGCGCUCUCCGAGUCCUCGCAGUCCGUCCCCGAACUCGUUCUCCGCCCAGGAUGCUUUGCUGCACGGCCAGUUCACGGGUUGGGGCGUGGGCGGGAGCUCGGGCGGGGGGAGCUCGGGAGGGAGCAGCGCCGACAGUGAAGCAAGCAGUCCUGCCGGCGGCGGUUCGUUACCCUCCAGCCCUUCAUCGUGUGCUUACGCCCUCACUCUGACCCACACUCAUAUCCACGUGCAGAGGAUCUGUUCCCGACCCGGGAAGGAAGCCCGAGUAGUGCUGCCUCUAUCUGAGCUGGUGGGGUGUAACUGCCCCCGGGCUCCUGCGCCGCCGCUGUUGAUGCUGUAUUGGUACCCGAUGGGACGGCGGCGCAAGGGCGUGGCUAAACGCAAGCAAGUGCGUGCUUACCUGGCUGAGAGCAGAGCGGAGGCGGAGAAAUGGAACGCGGCCGUGCAGUGCCUGCUGAGAGGGAUCGAUGUCAGCGUCUACACAGAAUUCAGUAAAAGCUUGUUGCCCCGCCCACGUCGCCUGCUGCUAUUGGUCAAUCCCUACAGCGGGCGUGGUAUGGCAAUGCAGUGGUGUCAGACACACAUUUUACCCAUGAUCAGUGAAGCCAACAUCAGCUACAACCUCAUACAGACAGAACGGCAGAAUCAUGCCCGUGAGCUGAUUAGAGAGAUCUCUCUGCACGAGUGGGACGGCAUCGUCAUCGUCUCUGGAGACGGACUGCUGCACGAGGUGAUUAAUGGCCUCAUGGACAGGCCAGACUGGGAACAAGCCAUUAAAACUCCAGUAGGAAUGUUACCGUGUGGCUCUGGGAACGCGCUGGCUGGCUCCAUUAACCACUAUGCAGGAUAUGACAUGUGCCUUCGCGAACCUCUCCUCAUCAAUUGCUGCUUCCUGCUUUGCCGUGGUGGAGUUCGACCCAUGGACCUGGUGUCCGUGACGACUAGCCCGUCUCCCUCGUCUGCGUCGUCCAAUCAGAACGGGCGACCCUCAUCACCCAAGAGACUUUACUCUUUCCUGUCUGUAGCCUGGGGCUUUGUUUCAGAUGUGGACAUUGAGAGCGAGCGCUACAGAGGUCUCGGUUCCGCUCGCUUCACGCUGGGCACACUGGUGCGUUUAGCGUCUCUGCGCUCCUAUAAGGGUCGCUUGUCCUAUUUGCCCCCCGGAGGGGCGAGUUCAACCCCGGAAGUGCCCUCGCAGACCCCGCAUCGACCCCUUUCCCGCAGCAUCACCGAAGGCCUAGAAGGAUACUGUAGAAUGCCGAUCCAUCGCACCUGCUCCGAUAUGGGCCUCAGCGAGCAGAGGAGCCUCCGAAAGGGGGACCGAGAGCGGGAGAGGGAGGAGAGAGACAGGGAGAGGCAGAGGAGAAGAGGGAGAGCGAGAGGUGGAGGAGUGGUGAGGGCGAGCAGUCUCGCUGAGGAUCGAGAGCGAGAGAUGGAGGCGGAGGAGAGGACGGAGGGAACGUCCGGGUCGAGUGCAGAGUCAAACGGAAGACUGGAGUCAAACGAGGAAGAGGAGGAGGAGGAGGAAGACGAUGACAGUGCGAGAAACAUGACAGAAGAAGGAUAUGACGUCGAUGAAGGAAAAGAGGCAGAGGAGAGGAUGGAGGGCACGUCCGGGUCUAGCGUGGAGUCGAGUGAAAGACAGGAGUCCGAGAGGAACGGAAGAAUUUCCGCGAAUGAAGAAGGAGAGGAUGAGGGCCGGAACGGCGUGGACGGAGCAAGGGAUUUGAGAGGUAGUUACAGUGCAGAUGAAGGAGGAGAGGAGGAAGAGGCGGUGUAUUCGAACGCAGACCAGCGAAAAGCGCUUCGUAAAAACUCUGCCCCAUCCAGCCAGCUCGCUACCGCCUUCUUUAGCCGGCCAAUCGGCGCAGAUUCCGAACCAGAAGUAGAAACGCCAGCGUAUGAGCGGGAAGACGGGGCUUUUUUCCAUCAUGGUGCGUUUCCAGCGGACCCUUCACGAGAGCGAGCGCUCACCAUUUCCUCGCCGUUCCGUCGUUCGCGGUUUUCCCUGUCUAAACCCAAAACUUCAGUAGAUCAUAACAAGAACGAGAAACCGAGCGUGUCUAAGCCCCGCCCUCUUUCCUUCCAACAGUCCAAUUCGAACUCCCUACCAGCCAAAUUCUCUUCGCUGUCGUUGUCUCUGUCCCCAACCCCUCCUUCGUCCCCGUCCAAUAUAGGCCCGCAUACCUGCCUGCCUAGCUCCACCUCCUUCUCCUUUGAUCUUGCCCAACCUGGUGGGCUCCUUAAGCCCCGCCCCCCAGUUAUCUCCCCUCUUGAUCCACCCCCCGAAGACGACCUCUUACCCCCACUCGAUCAGCCGCUGCCUACUCGAGAUUGGGUGACGAUUGAAGGUGACUUUGUUCUAGUACUCGCUAUCUACCAGUCGCAUUUGGGCGCCGAUUUGUUAGCAGCGCCGCACGCAAAAUUUGACGACGGACUCAUUCACCUGACGUUUGUGAGGGCCGGGAUCUCCCGGGCAACGCUUCUCCGCCUGUUCCUGGCAAUGGAAAGAGGCACCCAUCUUUCUCUAACAUCACCUUACGUGAGCCAUGUUUCCGCUCGAGCGUUUCGGCUGCAGCCCCUAUCGCCGCGGGGGACGCUAACUGUGGAUGGAGAACUCGUGCCCUAUGGACCCCUGCAGGCACAGAUCCAUCCGUCCAUGGCUCGCAUCAUCGUGGGAGACUCGGGAGUGAAGAUCACUAGAUUCUGACCUGAAAUGUGGGCGGAUUAUUUUACACAUUCUGCAUUGCAUAAUAACUAUGCCCUAUGCCGUCCACUUUUGAGAGAGAGAGAGAGAGAGAGAGAGAGAGAGAGAGAGAGAGACAUUGAGGAAUAAAUAUAACCAGCAGCUGCAAUAAAAGCAAUAGCUUUUAAUGGGAUUUUAUUUAAAAAGGACUACUGGAUCUCUAGUGAGUUUAGUAAAGAGAUGACAAGUGGACACUAAGCUACAUGUAGAAAUAGUAACUACUGGUAAAUAUAGGUGAACAGUGGUGAAUAAGGGAAUCUCUUGACAAGUGAGCUUGAACACUUCAGUUUCCAGUUUUCCGUGUGAGUAGAUGAAGUUUUGAUGAUGAUGAAGAUGACCUAACUUUUUAGGCACGUACCGGUCUGCCAUCUUCACCUUUGACCUUGCAAAAUAUACUGGCCUGUUUACACCCCACCCCCUCUCUCUUUUUCUCUUGAUUAUUGCCUCAUCCUUUUAUUGAUGGCCAAAGGACCAAUUUGGCCAAGUUCCUCCUGUUUUGGCCCCUCCUUAACUUUCCCCAAGUUCUGCUUCCUCUGCAGCGUGUCCCAAUCUGCCAAACUUCACUUUACGCCUCGCCCGUUUUCCUGACUACUCUUCCUCAUCAUCUGCUUCAACCGUUUUAAAGCCACCUUCCAGACUGCCAAAAUCAGCAUUCCUCUUCUCUGAUCUUGCAGGACAGAUGGCCGUCCUAAGCCACGCUCCCAGCUCCAAUUUAGGGCCAUGCACCCGUCAGCUAUACUUUGCCUCCUUCACUGUUCGUUUAAUACAAAGAAUGUUUGUUUUUUGACCAUUUUAAGCCUUGUCCACUGGUUUUACUCCAUCUUUCCCCGUUGCCAAAUUUGUGGCUGCAGCCCCAAUCUACCAAGUGCCUCCUCCAUUUUUUUGCAGAAGGUAUACCGCAGAUCCUGCUUCCGCUUUCUUACUCUGUCUUUCCUUGAUGCCUGUCGUCUUGCUGCCGAAUUUUGGACUAGGUCCUAACCUACCAAGCCCCUCCUCAUACACUACACCAGGGGUGUCCAAUCUUAUCCGCAAAGGGCCGGUGUGGGUGCAGGUUUUCAUUCCAACCAGGCAGGAGCCACACCUGAUUCCACCUGUUUAAUCAGUUGAUCUUGGCUUUCAGUAGAAUGAAAACCUGCACCCACACCGGCCCUUUCUGGAUAACAUUGGACACCCCUGCACUACACCUUUUACCUUGUUGACCCUCUUAAUCUCUGCCACAACCACAACCAAUCCCAUUUAAGCAGCAAAUUUUGUGCCACUCAGAAUCCGGCAACUGACAUUUCCGAGGGCUGAAAUGUUCCAGGUGGCUGAUCUUCCAAUGUUUCAUCUCCACACGACACUUUUAAUAUCACGACCGAUUGCAAGGUGCACCUCUCUUAGUUAAGAUCCGUCCAAAUCUUUUAGCAGUUUGCAUUAACAGGGACCAUAGAUAAAUGUGCAUACUAAAAUGACGUCUUAGGUAGCCUACGCAUAGCCUCAAGCAUAGUCUGGAGUUUUAGGUGAGUGUAGCUCACUCUUAGGCAUGUGCCAAUAAUCAGUCGUACGGUAUAUCACGAUAUUUUGUAAAAAUCACCUUGUUAACAAGUACACUUUGGCUCUUGUAUUGUGCACUACAUUAUUUAACCCCUUAAGGAAGGAAUGGGGAAUAGGCAUCAAUCACAUAUAAUUUAUUAGGCAACAUAAAGACAGUGGUCUUCUAAAGGCCCUUAUUUUUGAAAGUGUCCUUAUCAGAGAAGGCAAUCCUAUCAUUUUGUUCUCGAGACGAAUAAAAUGCGUCCAGGGGAAAAAAUUGUAGCUUUUAGCGAUAUUUUUUAAUACUAUAUCGUGAUAAUAUCGUAAGCUUUGAUAAUCAGCACAUGCCUAGUGGUUAUAGGAUACAGCCAUUUAAUGGCCAUUUUAUUCUGAUUAUAAAUAUCUUUAAUAGUGCAUUUGCCUGAUUGUUUAAGCAAAAGCAUGCGAUGCUGAUGUUCAUGUGAGGUAAUGCAACUUGCACAAUUGCUCAAUUUUAAUUUCAGUUUUUUUCUUUUAACCAAAAAUUUGAAAACUACCCAAGCAUUCAAACUCUUUGCUAAUUGUGAAACAUUUAGCCGCUCGUUUAAUUUAUUCAUUUUGUUAAUGUAUUUUGCAAAGAUUUCUGCUUAUGAGGAAAUGUUUAAAGUGGGUUUUUUUUAAAGCCCUUAAUUGGAAGAAAAUGGUUUUAAAGCUAAAAUAAACACAAAGUAAACACUAAACACUUUUCCCCCCCAAAAUCAACCACGGAUUGACAAGCUAAAUCGUUAAGUAUUAAAUGACUUUUUAUUACUUUUAUUUUUAAAUUCCUGACAAAAUAACGGACAUUUUGAGCGAGAAAUAAAAUGGUAAAUUGUUUCAGUUUUGUCAACAUGAAAUGUAGACAGCUUGUGAAUUGCGACCACGAUGAUUAUUAAAGGAAUAUUUAAAUGAAAAGAAAUUGUACACAAUGUUCCUCUUGUCUCAGAUUUCAUCAGUCAGCCAUUUUUUGUGUCUGAAGUUUAGGUUUGCGCCAGCGCUACGAGUCCAGUGUAGCUAAGAAGUAGUUGAUGGACAGCCAUCUCAUUCGUAAACAUCUACUUGUUUCAAACAGUAUUAACAAACUACAUAAUCUGAAUUCUGUGGAAACGAUGGUGUAAAAUAUUAUAUUAUACCCUGCCUCAUAAAAUUUGUAGGUGAAAUCUGGACAAUAAAGUUCUGUUUAAAAAAAUAAUAAUAGUAGACCUCAGGAAAAAUUUAGCUACAUAAUGUCCAAUUCUUGCUUGCUACAUUUUCAACUAAAGACACAAACUUGUUUUGGCUGAUUUGCAUUUCCGAGUGAGCGGGAAAGAUGAAUAUUUCCGGUUUGUUUGGGGUUUUUUUCCUUCCAAGUGCUAAAACUUGGACUCCUGGAAUCCUGGACUUGGGCUGCGUUUAAUUUCAUUUGGUGGACCAUUGCUUCGGAGCAGUAUAAGACACUUCAGGAGUAACUGAACUGCUGCUUUCAUGAUGCCAGUUAUGAUGUCUUGUUAAUAGAUGCUUGUAAUAAAAUUGUAAUUAUCACUAAUAGUCAAUAUUAAAUAAAAAUAUAUAUAUAUAUAUAUGAUGUACAGUUCAUAGUUCUGUAUAAAAAUGUCUUGUUUAUCCUCAGAGAUUAAAUUUAACUACGAAA